UUCUUCUGCAACCGUUAAGACGAAGAGUCUGGACUGGUGAAGCCUUCCCUCUGGUAUUAAGCGAGGUCCGCGGGGCGGGUUUGGUUUUUCACCUUCCAAGAUGGCAAGCAUGCGGGCAGUUGGAUUGUUCUCUAAAGUUACCUUUCCUAAGUUUUCUUAUUUAACAGGUUCCACCAGCAGGAACUUUACAGUGUCCUCUGUCAUGCUAACAAGAACCCAUGUCAACUAUGAUGUUAAAGGUGAUGUUGCUGUCGUGCGUUUCAAUACUCCAAACUCCAAGGUGAAUACCUUGUCAGUGACACUGCAGUCAGAGUUUCAGCAGGUUAUGAAUGAAAUUUGGUCUAAUGAUGCCAUCAAGAGUGCUGUUCUUAUCUCCUCCAAGCCAGGCUGCUUUAUUGCUGGAGCUGAUAUCAACAUGAUUGAGAACUGUAAAACUGCUGAUGAAGUUACUCAGCUUUCACAAGAAGGUCAGAAGUUUCUCGCAAAACUAGAAAAAUCAUCCAAACCCAUUGUAGCCGCAAUCAAUGGUUCCUGCUUGGGUGGAGGUCUUGAGGCUGCUAUCGUUUGCCAUUACCGAAUAGCAACAAAAGACAAGAAGACAAUCUUGGGGUCACCAGAAGUGAUGUUGGGUUUAUUACCAGGAGCUGGUGGUACCCAAAGACUGCCAAAAAUGGUGGGUUUGCCAGCUGCUUUUGACAUGAUGCUUACAGGAAGAAAUAUCCGUGCUGACAAAGCUAAAAAAAUGGGUCUUGUAGACCAGCUGAUAGAUACACUCGGACCUGGCUUAAAAAGUCCAGAAGAAAGAACGAUGGAAUACUUGGAAGAGGUAGCCGUUGACUGUGCCCGAGGAAUUGUAAACAAGACAGUAUCUAUAAAGAAGGAAAAAGGGCUAAUUCAAAAAAUAACAGACUACGUUAUGGGUAUUGCCUUUGUCAGAAAGCAAAUAUACAACACGGUGGAAAAGAGAGUAAUGAAACAGACAAAAGGAUUAUACCCAGCUCCAUUGAAAAUCAUUGAGGUUGUAAAAACUGGAGUGGAACAGGGUUCAGAUGCUGGAUACCUAGCAGAGUCUCAGAAAUUUGGAGAACUCGCUAUGACAAAUGAAUCCAAAGCUUUGAUUGGACUUUACCAUGGCCAAGUUGCUUGCAAGAAGAAUAAAUUUGGUACACCACAGAAAGAAGUUACGACGCUUGCUGUGCUAGGAGCUGGUCUUAUGGGGGCUGGGAUUGCUCAAGUUUCAAUCGAUAAAGGUAUUAAAACUAUUAUGAAAGACACAGCCCUUGAAGGACUGAACAGAGGACAGGAUCAGAUCUUUAAAGGGUUGAAUGACAAAGUGAAGAAAAAGAGCCUGACCUCCUUUGAAAGAGACAGCAUCCUCUCCAGCCUGUCACCACAGCUUGAUUACAAGGGAUUUGAGAAAGCUGACAUGGUGAUUGAAGCUGUGUUUGAAGAUCUGGCAAUUAAACACAAGGUUGUAAAAGAACUUGAAGCGAUUAUUCCACCUCACUGUAUCUUUGCGAGUAACACAUCUGCUCUCCCCAUUGGAGAAAUUGCUGCAGUCAGCAAAAGACCCGAAAAAGUGAUUGGAAUGCAUUACUUUUCCCCUGUGGAUAAGAUGCAGUUGCUAGAAAUCAUUACAACAGAUAAAACCUCACAAGACACGACUGCAUCUGCUGUAGCAAUUGGCUUAAAGCAAGGAAAAGUCAUAAUUGUUGUUAAGGACUGUCCUGGGUUCUAUACAACAAGAUGUGUGGCUCCCUUGAUGGCAGAAGUUGUUCGAAUACUGCAGGAAGGAGUUGAGCCUAAGAAACUCGAUACCCUUACUACUGGCCUUGGCUUUCCUGUUGGGGCAACUACCCUUGCUGAUGAAGUUGGAAUUGAUGUUGCUGCUCAUGUAGCUGAGAAUCUUGGCAAGACCUAUGGCCCUCGCAUUGCAGGUGGUAAUGUUGAUGUAUUGAAAGCUAUGGUCGCCAAGGGCUUUUUAGGUCGCAAGUCAGGGAAAGGAUAUUAUAUUUACCAAGAAGGAGUGAAGAAUCGUACUGUGAAUUCUGGGGCACAAGAGGUCCUUGACAAGUUCAAGAUUCCAGCCAAACCUGAAGUUUCUUCAGAUGAAGAUAUCCAGUUUCGCCUACUAGCAAGGUUUGUGAAUGAAGCCGUGCUUUGCCUGCAGGAAAACGUGCUCAGUAAUCCCAUUGAAGGAGACAUUGGUGCUGUUUUUGGCUUGGGAUUCCCACCAUGCCUGGGUGGUCCUUUCCGAUUUGUUGACUCUUAUGGAGCACAGAAAAUUGUUGACAAGAUGAGGAAAUAUGAAGGUGUAUAUGGAAAUCAGUUCACGCCUUGCCAGUUGCUACUCGACCAUGCCAAGGACAGCAGUAAGAAGUUCCACCACUGAUGUAACUAAAGUACAGGAAGUUGGAUGUGUUUGAGUAAACCUGUGGUACUGGAUAGCUGGUGUAUGCUGGCCUCGUCCUGCAAAAAGCAUGGCUGGAGUGCAAAAGAGAGCUGGAAUAGUGAAGUCUGGAAACUGUUUUAUAGAGUAACAUUUCACGUUAACACUGAACAGUUGAAUGACUUGGUCAAGUUUAGCCUGCAAACUGCUUCGUUGUGCCUUAGGCUAAAAUGCCAACUUGGGCACAUUGUUUCCAUCCAUAGUAGAACUUAAAAAUGUUGAUUUCUUUUUUGCACUUAUUGUUUAAUAGAAUGUUAUGUAUUAUAUAAUUUACCAGCUUGGACUCUUAUAUGAUGAGCAGAUCAGCGUGCUGAUGAUCAGGCUGUGUAAAUGCUCUAAUCAAUAAAAAAGUCUUUUUGCA